CCUUUUUUUUUUUUUUUGUUCCGCUGGAGAAUCCUGCCUGAGCGGUGAGCAGGACGAGCGCGACAGACCGAGCAGGAGCCUCAACGUCGCGGAAAAUCGGCUGCACCACGGCGCCGGGAGGGAGCGCGGUGCCCCGCGAAGGAAGAGCGGCUGGGAAUCAGACGUUAUCGGCCCCCCACCCACACAGCUCCGCCGUUACCUGCAGGGUCAGCGGGCAGACGAGCGACUGGCAGCUAUCGCCGUUUUAGCCUCGACUCCUUUGCGGGUCCCGGGGGGCUCUGGGCAGGGGCAGGGGGCGGGGGCGCACCGAGAAGGGAGAAGACUACACGCCGAGAGGAGGGGGGCUGGAAGUCUGAGACGCUUCCAGCCUGAAGGGGCCGGCGGUUCGGCCACAGCACCCCGGACUAGCUAGCGUGUGCCCCGCUAAGUGAAUGGGAUGGAGCCGGGACCGUCUGGCGCUGUGCCCUUGGGGGCCUUCCCCCCACCCCUGCAGCAGGUGUUCCACGCCCCCCGCCGGCCAGGAAUGGGCACCGUGGGCAAGCCCAUCAAGCUGCUGGCCAAUUAUUUUGAGGUGGAGAUCCCAAAGAUGGACGUCUUCCACUACGAGGUGGACAUUAAGCCCGACAAGUGCCCACGACGAGUCAACAGGGAGGUGGUGGAGUACAUGGUGCAGCACUUCAAGCCCCAGCUGUUUGGAGACAGGAAGCCAGUGUACGACGGCAAGAAGAACAUCUACACGGUGCUAGCACUUCCAAUUGGGAGCGAGAAGGUGGAUUUUGAGGUAACCAUCCCAGGCGAGGGUAAGGACCGAAUCUUCAAGGUGUCCAUCCGUUGGCUGGCCAAGGUUUCAUGGCGCCUGUUGCAGGAGACUCUGGUCAGUGGCCGCCUGCAGGUCCCCCUCGACUCGGUUCAAGCCCUGGACGUGGCCAUGCGCCACCUGGCCUCUAUGAGGUACACUCCAGUGGGCCGCUCAUUUUUCUCCCCACCUGAAGGAUACUACCACCCACUUGGUGGGGGGAGGGAAGUCUGGUUUGGCUUCCACCAGUCUGUGCGCCCCGCCAUGUGGAAGAUGAUGCUUAACAUUGAUGUGUCCGCCACAGCCUUCUACAAAGCCCAGCCUGUAAUUGAGUUCAUGUGUGAGGUUUUGGACAUUCGCAACAUCGACGAGCAGCCCAAGACUCUUACCGACUCACAAAGGGUUCGCUUCACAAAGGAGAUUAAAGGUGCGUUACUGGACGGUGGGAAAGUCCCAGCUGAACCUUGUGACGACUCCAAACCAAGAAAACAUUUCUCCCCAGGCUUGAAGGUGGAGGUGACCCACUGUGGCCAAAUGAAGAGAAAGUAUCGCGUAUGCAAUGUCACCCGACGCCCCGCCAGCCACCAGACGUUUCCCCUCCAGCUCGAAAGUGGGCAGACAGUAGAAUGUACAGUGGCCCAGUACUUCAAGCAAAAGUACAAUCUGCAGCUCAAGUACCCCCACCUACCCUGUCUACAGGUGGGCCAGGAGCAGAAGCACACCUACCUGCCCCUGGAGGUGUGCAACAUUGUAGCAGGACAACGAUGCAUUAAGAAACUGACGGAUAAUCAGACCUCCACUAUGAUCAAAGCCACAGCUCGCUCCGCGCCCGACAGACAAGAGGAGAUCAGCAGGCUGAUGAAGAAUGCGAACUUCAACCUGGACCCGUACAUCCAGGAGUUUGGGAUCAAGGUGAAAGACGACAUGGCUGAAGUGACGGGCAGAGUGCUGCCGGCCCCUAUCCUGCAGUAUGGAGGACGGAAUCGUGCCAUAGCUACCCCCAACCAGGGAGUGUGGGACAUGAGAGGGAAGCAGUUUUAUAACGGCAUCGAGAUCAAAGUGUGGGCGAUAGCCUGCUUUGCCCCCCAGAAACAGUGCAGAGAAGAGGUGCUCAAGAACUUCACUGACCAGCUGCGUAAGAUCUCCAAGGAUGCCGGGAUGCCAAUUCAGGGCCAACCAUGCUUCUGUAAAUACGCCCAGGGAGCAGACAGUGUGGAGCCCAUGUUCAGACACCUGAAGAACACCUACUCUGGACUGCAGCUCAUCAUCGUCAUCCUGCCGGGAAAAACUCCCGUCUACGCGGAGGUGAAGCGCGUGGGAGACACCCUCCUUGGCAUGGCCACGCAGUGCGUGCAGGUGAAGAACGUGGUGAAGACGUCGCCUCAGACCCUCUCCAACCUCUGCCUCAAGAUCAACGUGAAGCUGGGAGGCAUCAACAACAUCCUAGUGCCUCAUCAGCGGUCAGCGGUGUUUCAGCAGCCGGUUAUCUUCCUGGGAGCAGACGUCACGCACCCCCCUGCUGGAGAUGGCAAGAAGCCCUCCAUUACUGCUGUGGUAGGCAGUAUGGAUGCUCAUCCCAGCAGAUACUGUGCCACGGUGCGAGUCCAAAGACCCAGGCAGGAGAUCAUUGAAGAUUUGUCUUACAUGGUGCGAGAACUUCUCAUUCAGUUCUACAAGUCGACUCGCUUCAAGCCCACCAGGAUCAUUUUCUAUAGAGAUGGCGUUCCCGAGGGACAGCUGCCACAGAUUCUCCACUACGAGCUCCUGGCCAUCAGAGAUGCCUGCAUCAAGCUGGAGAAGGACUAUCAGCCGGGCAUCACCUACAUUGUGGUGCAGAAACGCCACCACACACGGCUUUUCUGUGCUGACAAGUCUGAAAGAAUUGGAAAGAGCGGGAAUAUCCCUGCAGGGACCACAGUGGACACCAGCAUCACUCAUCCCUUUGAGUUCGACUUCUACCUGUGCAGCCAUGCUGGCAUACAGGGUACCAGCCGGCCGUCUCAUUACUACGUCCUUUGGGACGACAAUCGUUUCACGGCUGACGAGUUGCAGAUCCUAACCUACCAGUUGUGCCACACUUAUGUGCGUUGUACCCGCUCGGUCUCCAUCCCUGCUCCAGCCUACUAUGCUCGUCUCGUGGCCUUCCGUGCCCGCUACCAUCUUGUGGACAAAGAACACGACAGUGGGGAGGGCAGCCACGUGUCUGGUCAGAGUAACGGUCGAGACCCGCAGGCGCUGGCCAAGGCUGUUCAGAUUCACCAUGACACCCUGAGGACCAUGUACUUUGCCUGAGCAACACCCACCAUCACAACCAUCAACCCCUCCCACCUCAUCUCUACCUGAGUGGGCAGAUGGCCUACCACCACCUCAUCCCCAUCCCUUAUUCCCAAAUGACUGCCCACUACACAUUCUCCACAGACCUGCCAGUCAAUCGCCCAGAAUCCAAGAGACCUAAGGCCCCUGUACAACACAGGCAGACUCUACAGCCUCAUGCACUCAAAAGGUUAUGAAUAUUAUUGUUGUCAUUUUUGUUCUUUUUACUUCACCAGGACUAUUGCAUUUUUUUAUGUUGAGUUUUUAAAACGUGGGUAUUAUUAUGUAAUUGUAUUGUACGCUACCUUCACACUCCUAUGUAUGUAAGUAUGCAAUAAGGAUGGGAGGAAAAUAGGCGGUAAAAAAAACAACUUUUUUAACUGUCACCACAAUGCUGCCUCUUUACCCAUCCGAACGCCGGAUGCCAGUGUUCCAAGCCCCUUUAGUAUGGGAUUCCUCCAGAGGGGUGGUACUGAGCAUGCACACUUACAUGUAUCAUUUUAACAUUGUCAUGAACUACAUUCAUGUUUUUAAUGUCUUUUGAAUAAUGUUAUUUUUUUCAAACAGCCUUGAAGAGUCUGAAGUAUGGUACAUUAGCACUUAGCGUUAGCAUGUAGGUGCCACCAUUCCUGCAAAGACGAGUUUGUUAGUACCUCUGGUCUUGACAUUAGCAGAGACAGACAGAGCAGGUGUAGCAUAUCGUAGAUACAGGAGUAAAGUCCUGCCGUGCACUCUGUGCUGGUUAGCCAGUCCCUUAGAGAUUUAGCCUAUAGAGGCAAACUUAGCAUAACAUUAGAAGGGACGAUUUGCAUAGAGUGUAUCAAAUAUACUUGCACCCCAUGCACCUAAACCAGCAUUAUUAACCAGCCAAAAGUGAUGCCAACCAAUGGAAAAGGGGCACUUAAACAGGAAGAGAAUCCUUUACUUCUGUAUGCAUUGCUCUUUUAGGAUAUACAAGGCACUUUUUUAUUUACUUAUCAAUGUUUUAAUAUUUUUUCAAACUUCGAAAACAGUGAGACUUGUCUGUAUUGAGGCUUGACACGCAGACCACUUUGAAGUUUUCACACCCGCACUCUCAUAGCUUUCAGGAAAAAUAAUAGGAAACUAAGGCAAUAGGCAAGGUCAACACUCCUCUGAAGAUUUGAAUACAGGCAAAAACAGUAUAAAGUCUAUGAUCACUUAAGUGCUGCAAAGCUCAACUCGCGUUCGGCAAUUGACCUUGCUCCGAUCAUUCUGCACAUUCCAACACGCAUCGUUGGAGAUGACACCAACCUCCACCCAUGCACGUCUUUGCGUACCUGUACUGGCCAUCCUGCACAUAUCCCAUUUUUACAGAAAGCUUAAUCCUCUGCAGGCAUUUACAUUUCAUAGCCUGACUAGCAGAAGCACACAGACACACACAUCUCUGCCCUCUCCAACUCUUUCUAAGCAUGUAGAGACAAACCUCUUCAAAUGCACUUGUACCCGAUUAGCCUCCAAGCCAAACUUGGUACCCUUUCCAUCACCCACUCUCAUUUGCCGUCUGCAGCAUCCCCUGUCCCAAUCCCCAUAGCUUGUGUUCGCCAAAUCCCCAUUGGUGCUCUGUGUGCAUGGGCGACACAGAUAUGGGAUUGCUACAUUGGACAGGGUGGAAACUAUUAAUACCACUUAAUAUGCCCUGUCUUUACAUCUAGUCAUUUUCUGGAUUAAUGAAAAAAAAAAUGCAUGUUAUUAUUCUGGAUAUUCUGAGCCACCUUAUUUUGGUUUUCUUAGAGGUAGGAGCCACGUGCUCACCACUGCCUGUCAGUUGUUUUUGCCUUCAUUGUAUAAUGGUUACAAAGACUGCUUUUUCCUUCGUUAUUAUUAUUAUUAUUAUUAUGACUAUUAUGAAUAUUGUGACUAGUGUCAGAGUGUAUCCUCAAGAGGGCACUGUGGAGACGGUCUCAAAAUUCCACCUCAGUUGCCCUUUAAGCGCCUCAAAUCUUGUCUGAUGGUCAGAGCCCCUUUGAGAUGAAAGGGAUCGAAAGACGAGAGAUCAGAUGAGUUUGAUUUUCAAAUCAUGUUUAUGAACUUAAAUAAUCAAAAUGCCUUUGUACACGAUUUUACUGAUCCUUCAUUGUGUCCAAGGUGAUUUGUACAUAUAAAUAUAUAAUAUUAACCUGUUAUGUAUUUUGGCUCACCGGUUGCCGGGCCUUUCACAGUUGGGGCAAGUGUUCUACACCUCAUUCUGUGUUCAAAAGAAGAGGAAAAAAAUUCAGUCUGCGGGCAUUUCCCCAGCACCACUGAAAUCCGAUGCAGUUCUUCACUCACUGAAGCCACAAAGCACCUUGCAGAAAGGGGGGGCAGACGAAAUGGCAGUCACCCCUGAAAUGCAUCAUGUGGACAGCGGAGAGUCCACUCCUCCACACAGCCUCACUGACUGACUAAGCAAUAUUGAAGCCACUGAUCAACAACAGUCCUUGUCAUAGCACUUCCCAGUAGAUUUGAAUGAAAUGACGCGGAAUCAUAUUUUAUUUUGGCUCUGUAUGUGAUAGUAUGGGAACUCUGUUGGGGAGGGUUAUUUUUUAAAGAAAAAUAAAAUUGUUUUUUAUUA